GAUGGUGAUGGUGAUGGUGAUGGUGAUGAUGAUGAUGAUGAUGAUGGUGAUGAUGAUGAUGAUGAUGAUGAGAAUGAAGAUGAUAAAGAAGAUGAUGGUAAUGAUGAAAGCGAAGACGACAACGAUAAUGAAAGUGAAGAAGGUGGUGCUGCUAGUAAUCUUACAGACUACAGCGAGAAAAUGCAGAAGGCUCUUGUUGGUGGUUUAGACAUGGAGUUUCCAGAAAACGUCAAGGUGGUGCGAAUAUUCACUAGUUCGACAUUCACAGACACAUCCAUAGAGCGAAACACGCUGAUGGUACAGGUCUAUCCUCGUAUCAAGAAGUUCUGUCAGGAGCGAGGAUACGAGUUUCAGGUGGUGGAUAUGAGAUGGGGAGUACGAGACGAGUCCACUGAUGAUCACCUUACAUCAGAACUCUGUAUGAAGGAGAUACGCGCAUGUCAGAAGCUAUCUACUGGACCUAACUUUAUCACAUUUCUGGGUCAAAAGUAUGGCUACCGUCCAUUUCCGCCUAAAAUUCUUGCUUCUGAAUUCGAGAUUCUGCUAAGAGCUGUCGACGAUCAGGACGACAUUGAGCUAUUAAAACUAUGGUUUGCUCGCGAUGAUAACACCGUACCCCCGGAAUAUCUUCUUCAGCCAAUCACAUCUGUGCUUCCAGACUACCGUAACUAUGGUAACCCAGAACUACGAAAACAGGCGUCCGGCAAAUGGUGGGCAGCGUUUGAAAGAAUGCAAAUAGUACUGAGAAAGGCAGCAGACAAAGUACUGACGAACAAGCCUGAUGACAGACUAAAGUACUACAUGUCGGUGACAGAGAAUGAGAUUCGGCGUGGCAUCACUAACGCUAAGAGUCCAGCAACACAUACCUUUUGGUUCAAGCGUGUCAUUACUGACAUCAACGAGCACAUUUCAGAUACCAAGGUAGGAAGCUUUGUGGACAAGACRUGGGGUACGCCUGGAGAGGUGGAUCAAGAGGCUCAGACUUUAUUGAAUACCCUACGAGAAAAAGACCUUCCAAAAGCCAUCCCCAGCAAGAACGUCAUUCAGUACAAUGUGAAGUGGAACAAGAAUGGCAUAGAUACAGACGUUUCCUCGGAACAUGCGCAGUACAUUGAAAAGCUUUGUAGUGACUUCUAUGACAAGCUAACAGAAAUGAUAAGCGAUGGUAUAGCCGAAAGCGAGACUGCAGACACUAGGGAACCGUUAGCUGAAGAAAUCUUCCUGCAUUUAUCAUUCUGCCAGAAAAAGUGCAAGGCCUUUUCUGGACGAAAGGAUUUUCUGGAAUCAAUAAAAGACGGACUGCUGCACAAUAGCAAGAGAACAAUAGUGCUACAUGGAGAAUCAGGCUGUGGAAAAACCUCCUUAAUGGCUAAAGUGGCAACUGAUGUAAAGUCAUGGUUUGAAGGCGAGUCCGUUCUAAUGGUUUKCAGGUUCAUUGGAACUUCUCCUGAAUCCUCAAGCAUACGACCUCUCCUGAGAAGCUUAUGCCAGCAACUGUGCAAGAUAUCUGGUGAAACUGCAAAUAUUCCAGAGGAUAUCAAAUCUCUAGUGGAAUUUUUCCCCGAGUGUUUGGAUAACGCCAGUCAGGACRUGAAGUUGGUACUUGUCCUUGAUUCACUCGAUCAGCUUUCCGUAGACGAUAGCGGGCGCCUUCUUGAUUGGUUACCACGUAACCUGCCUGAUAAUGUGUAUGCUGUGUUGUCUACGCUACCAGGUGAACAGUACCAGUGUUUACCAAGUCUGAAGUUGAAGCUUCCAAAGGAAAGUUUCAUGGAAGUUCCACAGAUCCCUUUAAAUGAGGCUGAUAUCAUACUGGACAACUGGCUCAAAGCCGCAAAAAGAGCUCUACAGCCCAAACAAAGACACGAAGUCAUGAUCAGUUUUCAGGAAUGUCCCUUGCCAUUAUACCUAAGACUGGCUUUUGAUGAAUCACGCCGAUGGAAGUCCUACACUCCAUUUAACGARUGGGACCUUCCUCCUAACGUUAAAGAUAUCAUCCUUGGAUURUUUGAUCGAGUGGAGCGAAUCCACGGAAAAGUUCUUGUUGGCCACGCCCUAGGUUACAUCACGGCWUCAAAAAAUGGYCUCACUGAAACUGAACUGGAAGAUCUACUCUCUCUUGACGAUGAUGUCUUGAAUGAUGUCUACCAAUACUGGACGCCGCCAAUAAGACGAYUGCCACCGUUGYUAUGGAUCCGCAUACGAAGYGACAUMAAGGACUACUUGAUCGACCGAGGCGCUGAUGACACGAGAGUGAUUUACUGGUAUCAUCGACAAUUCAUCGAAGUGGCACGCGAGAGAUACCUUGUUGGAGAGCAAGCAAAGAAGAUCCAUGCCAACCUGAGCGAAUACUUUCUUGGGACAUGGGCUGAAGGAAAGAAAAAGCCGUAUGUCAACAAAAAAGGAGAAAAGCAUUCAGACGAUAGGUUGGUCGCUAGCCAGCCCAUGAUGUUUGACACAAGUGACGAAAAGCCCAUUUUCAACUUGAGAAAACUUAGUGAGCUACCAUAUCAUCUCAUUCGCUCCAACCAGCUUGGUUUACUGAAAGAAAAAGUGCUGUUCAAWUUUGGUUUUCUCUUGACGAAAAUCCGAGCCAAAUCGAUAGACGUUGUUCUUGAAGACUUCGAUGCYGCUCUUAAUGCCUUCCCUGAUGAUGUAGAGCUUGACACUCUUGAUAAAACGCUUCGUCUKUCUGCAGUUGCCUUGAGGACUGAUCCUCGACAGCUUGCAACCCAACUCAUUGGCCGUCUUCUCGAAAGSACCACGAAUAGUGACGAAUUUCCUAACAUGAUAUCUCUAAUCAAGGAUGCAUAUACAAGUCCAGUACCUUGUCUCAUACCAAGUCAAAAGUGUCUAUCAUCCCCAGGUGGAGCCCUAGUUGCAUCUUUAGAAAUAAGUGAAGAUGCGCUACAUUGCUGUGCGUUCAGCUGCGRUGGAAAGACMGCUUAYCUCGGUUCAACGACUUCUGACGGCCUUCAGAUCCAGGCCUUCCAGCUUCAAAGCGGUAAGGUUCAACGAAAAAUGAAAUUGACAGACCCAUUUGAAAUGGCUUUUACUUGGUCAAUGAAGGGUAGCGAAAAGAAUWUACAUUCUYUACUCAUCAUGGGCUCCAAGUACAUCUUCUUGAUAAACACACAAACUGGUACAAUACUGCAGCAGUUUCAUGCUCUGGAGGAAGAAACAAGAUACGAACCAAUGCCRCCAGUGAGCUUUGCAGACAACGAGGAACGCAUUGUGGCUAUAACAGACAAAGACCUAAAGAUAUGGACAGUUGCUGAUGGCAUGCUACGUCAUUCUCUUKCUGUAGGCAAGAUAAAUACAGACGAGCAAUAUGGUUCCCUGGACGCUCACCAAAACUUGGCGGUUUUUUGUCUUCGAGAGAGUAAAGUGAUCAAGMUCUUGGACGUUCGGACCGGCAAGUACGUUCGUGAAGUACAAGUUUUUGCACAAGAUSAAGAUUGUUUUGUUCACGAAGCCAAGAUUGUCAGUAAUGAGAAGUUACUAGCAGUGUCAUCUUCUCUAAAAUGCCUUCGCCUCUAUGGCCUUCAUGGAGGAACCCUUUCCAAAGAAAUCAAGGAAUUUUCCAUUAAUCCUGGACUUCAUCGAUUACAGCUGACUAAAGACCGCACAAAGGCUUUUAGCAUCGUUCAGUAUGAAGUUAUGAUUACUGACCUYGAAUCUGGUGAGAUAAUUCAAACRYUGAAGAGCAAGUCGUUAGGRACACUYGUCAUCCACACYGACCUCUUCACCAGGGAUGGACGAUUUGUGAUAUCUAUUGCAAAUGAYAACAUUCUACGCAUUUACGACAUAAGACGGUCWAUWGAAGARGACAWGACAGCCCAAAACAUCAGUGCUUUGAAAAAUGCCGCAGUGGCUUCGUCUGAUACAGUGACUGGUCUGUUCCCAGGAGUUGAUGGUCGUCACAUCAUUGCAACAGCAAACGUUCAAAUGUCUUCCGMAAUAUCCGUGUGGGAUUGCAAAAGUGGAGCCAAACUUCGAGCAAUUAAAUGUGGUAUACCGUCAGUUCUUCCACAAGAGCUACGAAUGUGCAGUCCUACGCGUGGUGUAGGCUUUAUACACGAUGUAAAUUUAUUACAUUAUAAGGUAUUCGACUUCAAGCAAGGCAGGGUCGAGCGUUGCCUUCUAGGAAAAGCCUCAAAAAGAACAAAAGCAUUUGGUUGUGUGGACGAGAAUCAUAUCAUUGCAUUUUCCAGAGGAAGACGAAAUUUGAAAGUUUGGAACAUCAACACCGGCAAAGUGACUCAGCAGUACAUCUUUGGACAGAAGCACCAGUUUGAAGAAUUGCUUGUUAGCCAAAACGGUCGAAUGGUAGUUUGCGCUCAGGUAAGCACUACUGUUGAACAUUCUAAGGACAGGACGCUGCCUAUUGUUGCCUUGGAUACCAACACAGGUCAGCACAGGUUCUUGGAAAUCCAGAAGAAGAGGCUAUGUUUGACGUUUUCCGCUCUUUCAAGAGAUGGCACGUAUCUUGUUUGUCCUACUAAUGAUMUGAAGCCAAGGCUAUGGAAYCUGAAGACGGGAGAACUACUGCACAAGCUGGAAGAUAAGGAAUACCCCAUCGCUUAUGCUACAGCUAUUUCAGUUCCACUUSAGCUUGCUCUGACUGCACAAAGUGAUGGUAAUAUUAAUGCAUGGAAGAUCGAAAGUGGACGCAUCUUGCACACGUUUACUUGUGARACGGUUGACAUYAUUUUGAUAUCUGAAGAUGGYCACGUGGCGUACUCGCGAUAUAGAUACAGRAACAGCAAYAUCGAUGCAUGGGAUCUAAUAAAUGGAACUAAGCUGGCCACUUUUACUUCAGAUUGGAAACCCGAGAGAGUAGAURUAGUAGGAAAUACCCUCGUUCUCGGAAUGGCUGAAGCUCCCAAGGUUAUGACGUUAAAACUACACUCACCGGAMGAUUCUGGUCAAAUAAGUGAUGACAACGGACAUGUUACCUCAAUAUUCCAUGGGAUCCCUGUGGAUGGAAACAUAAGYUCCUGCCCAGACUCCCCCUCUCUUGAAGAUGGAGAUAAAGAUCUUGAUGACGAUGACGAUAAAACAGAUGUCCAAAAAACUGAGUUUACCCGAAAGGCAUUGCUUGCUCGACCCAAUGUGAUUAUCGCUGGCGGCAGCUUGGUAGAUUCMAAAAAUGUCUUCAUAUCUGAAUCUGUAUUCAAGCAAAACUUCCAGUAACCCUUAAUAUUAGUCCUAGUUAAAAAGUCCUAGACUACAUCCCUUGACUAUGACAAGGAGAUUUACAUACUGCAUUUCUAACUUCAUGCGUCUCAGCGUGUGAUGAAAUAGUCGCGGAGUACGGUUACUAUUACUCAUGCACGGAAAUAUUAGAAUAUUAGCAUAUUAGCACUAGAAUACAUAUAUAGAAAAAAGUAGAGUGGCGCUAGCUUAAGAUGGUUUGUGUGUCAACUACGGGAGACGACAUUAGUAUCUCGGYGAAAGUAAGCAGAGCCAAGGGGAUAAAAGCAGAGAGAUGAGAGGAAGGAAAGGCUCUUUCUUCAGCUAGGGAAAGGGCGUGAAAAACCGUCUAAAAGAGCGGCCAAGUCAAACUCUUGAACUGUAAGAAAAUUUAAGGUAGUUCCAUUCAGGAUAACCGCCACUGAGUAGCAACAUUUUAAGUUUUUCUAUAUUUCAUUAAGGCUAAGUGAGGCUAAUUUAAAAUUCAUUUAUACUUGUCACAUAUUUAUUACACUAUAUAUCUUAUCAGGGACUGUGCAAUACUUAUCUGGGAGGGAUGGGUGGGGGGUCUGAAAUGAGCGGAAUCUGAUGCCUACAAARGUUAAAAUAACUUCUUGCUCACUCGCUUGAAAACAUUAGAUUUAUCAGAGUGUUACUCGGUCUCAAGCUUCAGAUUUCAGAUCUYCGACCAACAACGUUUUUUGAAAUAGGCACGGCACCAAUGUAAAUGAUAUAUCCAUUAGAUAGACAGAACCUGAUCCCCUGGAGGGGGACAACAAUCAUUGACUUGAUACUGUAACAUUCCCAUUCUGGGUUCGGCAAGGCAAAGACACGAGUACGACUUUAUCUGUACUCGGGAAGCUUUAUUGUUUGUCCGUGUUUACAACAUUACAAGAAUAUCAGACCCAUAUUUACUAGUACAAAGCUAUUUCUAGAAGGUGAUUCCUGAUUACGUGAUUGGUUUUUACGUAGAUCUUACGUGAGCCAUUACUAACGCAAUCGUGUACGUAACUAAGAUCACUAUCUAGGGAGCAGUGWGUCGUUGACAGAUAUAUCAGACCUAUAACUCGUUAGGGACGGACCAUUAGAUCUGAUGGGAGGGUUGCGUAAAUCUCCCUUUUGAGCCAUCUUGACUUCAUUGCAGCCACGAAAAGAAAAUAACGAACCCUUGGCAGAAUA